AUGCAAAUGCGGUGGUUGUUGGUGGGAAGGGUGAGUUUAUCUUGUACUAGUUCCUGGAGCCAAGGGUUUUGUUUCCAAUUCCAGCAGAGAUUUGGUUUAGUUAACGUGAAGUUGAAAUGGGUAAAAGAUAAGGAACUGGAUGCUGUUGUGGUCCGUGAAAGGCAUGUUAGAGCAGUUUCCAAUCUUGUUUCGGUUAUCUCGUCUUCUCCUGAUUAUAGACUACCCAUCUUCCACCUCUCCCCGCACCGUGGCCAGCUCGGUCUGCCUCCACAUCUUAAGCUCUCCGCUUUUAUCCGGAGAUUUCCCAACAUUUUCGUAGAGCUUUGCUCUCGGGAUAGUGCAGUCCCCUCUUUCGCUUUAACGCCUGAGGCCAUAGAUCUCCACCGUAAAGAAGCUCAGCUUGACAAAGGGGAUGGUCUUGCGAGGCUUUGCAAACUUCUUAUGCUUACCCGUCAAAGAGCACUUCCUCUGCACUCCAUUGACCAUCUCAGAUGGGAUAUGGGUCUGCCAUACGAUUAUCAACGCUCGUUGGUUCCCACCCACCCGGAAUUAUUCUCUUUGGUAAAGCUGUCCAGCGAUCUUGUCGGAUUGAAGCUGAUGCACUGGGAUGAAGGCCUCGCUGUUUCCCGUCUGCAACUGUUCAUAAAUAACAACAAUCCUAUGGCCUUCCCGGUCAAAUUUACAAGGGGGUUUGGGCUCAAGAGGAAGAGCAUGGAGUGGCUCCAAGAAUGGCAGAGCCUACCUUAUACCUCACCUUAUGUCGAUGCAUCCCAUUUGGAUCCAAGAACUGAUUUGUCUGAAAAGAGGAAUGUCGGAGUGUUUCAUGAACUUCUUCAUCUAACAGUUGGGAAAAAGAUGGAGAGGAAAAAUGUGAGCAAUCUUCGUAAACCUUUUGCACUUCCCCAGAAGUUCACCAAAGUAUUCGAGCGCCACCCCGGUAUAUUCUACAUUUCUAUGAAGUGUGAUACACAGACAGUGAUCCUCAGAGAAGCAUAUGAUAGGCGGCAUCUCCUUGAAAAGCACCCUCUUGUUGAGAUCAGGGAAAAACUUGCCAACAUGAUGAAUGAAGGGUUUCUUGACAGAAGCAGGGGACUGUAUCAGAAAUCUGUAGAUGAUGAUUUUGGGAACAACACUAGUACAAAGAUCAUUUAUCCAGUUUGGUCAGAAGAAGAAGAGUCUGACAGUAAUCUGAUAUCUGGAUACGGUUCUGAUUAUCCCCUAGUUGAAGAACAUAAACAGUAA